AUCACUGGUCCGGUUCUGAAAACAUCUCCUCUCCUAUCGUCUCCCAAACCAAAACAAAAUUCAUUCAAUCAUUCAUUAUAUAUGAACUCUGUUUCCCCAGUCAACUGCCAAAAUGUCUCCGCCUUCUCCCUCUCCAGUCUCCCCCUUCCUGCAAUUUCUCCUUCCUUUCUCCUUCUUCUUCUUCCUCCUCCCUACCCUCAAAUUAAGCGCAGACGCAGAGGAGCAGCUCUGCAAUUCCUCAACCGGCGGCUGCAAGAGGAACAACAUGACAAUUUCACAUCCUUUCUGGAGGAUAGGCGGCUCAGAUGAUGAGGAAGAAGAAGACCCAAUCUGCCGCCCCCGUAAUUUCGGCGUCAACUGUUCAAACGCGGAUCCCGAUUAUCCACUUCUCACCAUCAACGGCCACGAUUAUCUCGUGAGGAGCAUCAGCUAUCGAGAGCGCUCCAUCACGCUCGUCGAUUCCCAACUAAUCCCUCUCCAAAAAGACGACUGUAGUCCAUGGGGGGAGCUCCAGCAGAGUCUCGAUCUCAACGUAACGGCGCCGUUUUCGUACGACUCCGGCGUCGAUUUGGAAAUCACCUUCUUCUCCAACUGCGCUCGGCCUCCUCCGGACGAAAUUCCCCAUUUCUACGGGAUAGGCUGUGAUUCCUACUUGUUCGUCGGGCCGAUUGAUCCUCUGAGUUUGAGUCGGAUCGGGAAUUGCACCGGAAAGAUUGAGACGGCGGUGAGGAGAACGGAGGAAAUGGAGAGCGGUAAAUGGGAGUGGAAUGUCUCCUUCCGCGCGGCUAUGGAGCAAGGGUUCGUGCUUGACUGGAACUACCCUUCAAGCCAAACACGCCAUAAAGGAGGAGGUACCUUAUCAUUUAAUUUCCUCUUCUUAUUUUCUCUCACUCCCUGAUUUUCCCAUAAAUUUCAUUUGUUUGA